GCAUUCGACAACAUUCAUAAAAUGUUAAAACCGGGAGGUCAAACUUUCCACAUAUUUCUUCAACCUACACCUCUAGAUGUAGUUUACUGUAAUUUAUCAAAACAUCCGAAAUGGAAAAAAUAUGAACAAGAAUCUAUGCUGUCACCGUACUUUCUACAGAAAAACAAACAGAAUGGCUGCAAAAAAGAUCUAGUUAACGCGGGAUUUAAGGAUAUUGAAAUGAGAGUGGAAGACUUCGUUUAUGAGUUUCCGUAUGAAGAAGCGUGGAAAGAAAACUACAUUGCAGUAAAUGGAUCGUACGCGUCUAUCCCUCCUGAAGAGCAAGAAGAAUACAAGAAAUGUUUUUUCCAGCAUAUCAAGGAGAAAGUUAUAAUUAAUAAUAAUGAUGAUAAUCGAUUUCCAAGAGUGAAAUAUGAUGUUAUGGUUGUUUGUGCGAAAAAAUGAAACCAAUAUUGAUAGUCUAUAUCAGUGGUCGGCAAACUUUUAAGCCAAAUAGUCAAUAUAUGAACAAUGGAAGACAAAACUCUGUUUGUUUAGUUAACUUUAUUACACUGAAUAAAACUAAAUUUAAGUUU